UCAAUUUGUUCAAUGUGAUUCAUGUGAAUUUUUCCAUAUCUAAAAAACAUACCCAUGGAGUGCGAGAUCAUUGAGGAUGAGGAGUAUUGAUUAAAAAAAAUUCCCUUCGUUUUUCCGGGUUUUAUUAUAAUUUCUAGUUGUGAUAAUUUUUUUUUUCAAUUCGUGGAUCACUAGUUUAAGGUAAAAGUUCCAUUUUACAGUUGGCUCGGCAUUAUUCGUGGUGAGUCUGUGACUUUCUUUGGAUUGAUCGAAAGAGUACUGAAUAGACUCGUUUUAUUAACGAUGGAAUGAACGGGAUUAAUCGUAGUAUGGAAAUUCAAUCGAAACUUGUGUUCUUUGAACAGCAUGGGUCUAUUUGACUAAGACUCCACAGCAACUUCUCGGGCUGAUUACUAUUUGACUGUGGGGUCUUUGAUCAAUGACACUGACCGAGGUGAGUCGCAUCGGAUGUUCGGUUGAUGUAAAAACUUGACCCUUUAUAAGGGCGAGUGCUCUCUCUUCUCUUGCAUUCUUACUAUAGUGGGGAAGUGAUCGAAAAGGACUCCCGCAGUCUGAAAUGGAGCACGCGAUACGCAUCGGCGGGAGCGAAACAAGGGCGACGCCAAACGAAAGGCUUGAUGCUAUGAAGAAGAGAAACGUCUUGACUCCAGAUAACCAGCAACCUUUGGGAGAUGGGGAUCUGAACAAAAUUAUGGAUCCUAACCUAUAUAUCGCCACAAAAACUGGGGAUGCCGACAAAUUCAUUGAUGCAUUAGAAGUGGUUUCUGAGUCGAGGAAACUAGCUUUGUCGCUAAUUUUCGACCAAGUCAACCCCUCUGGGAAUUCAUUGCUUCAUGUAGCAGCAAGCUCAGGGAGAGAUAAUGUCAUGGAGCUCAUUCUCAUUCAUUUUCCUUACCUCGUGACCCGAAAAAACUCCUCGGACGAUACUCCGCUCCAUGUCGCCGUUCAAGAUGGAAGGCUCCACGCGACAAGAAAGCUGAUUAGCCGGAGAAGAGACUCCGACAUUAUAUACUGGAAGAACAAGGAUAGUAAAUCUCCGUUGUAUCUGGCGGUCGAAAACUGCAAGUCGUCGGACUGUAGAGAUCGCAAGGGGGCGGGCUGGGAGAUUCUUCAGCUUCUCUUGGAAGCUUCGGCCGGAGAUGAAGCUUACGCAGUCAAGAUACAGGGUAUGUGGCCAGUUUUGGCCGGACUUGAGGAGGAGAAAUCAGGUAUAUUGCAAGAAAUCGUAGAUCAGCUUCCGAAGUUACUUCACGUGCGCGAUGAAAACGGGGGGACGCCACUGCACUCUGCAGCAUCGAUUGGAAAUGUUGGGGCAGUGGAGCUCCUGCUGGGUAAAUGCAGUUACCUCGCCCUUCAAACGGACAAAAACGGCUCCUACCCUAUUCACAUUGCCUGCGAAGGCGGCAAUGUUGACAUAAUUCGCAAGUUAGAGGAUAUGUGGCCUGACCUGGCAGAGAUAAAAAACAAAAAGGGUCAGAAUAUUCUUCAUGUUGCGGCCAAGGGCGGGCACGAUAAUGCGGUCCAAUACAUACUCAAGAAAUGCAAGCCCGUCAUCGAGAAGCUGGUGAAUUCGAAAGAUGUCGAUGGAAACACACCCCUCCAUUUGGCAUCGAUGCAUGACCAUUGGGAAGUUUUGCUUUAUCUGACAAUGAACAAAGAAAGCUCUUAUCCAGCGUUAAUAGGAAGUGGACAUUUAAUUGCCGACGUACUGCGAAGCAAAGUUCGAGACGUUCAGUCACCAAGAGAACAAAGUUCUGGAGCAAGCGAGUCAUCUCGCAUGGAAUGGAUCAAGAAAGAGAUUAACACUCGAUUGGUAGUGGCCACACUUGUGGCCUCCGUCACAUUCACAGCUGGCAUAACAUUGCCCGGUGGAUAUAAUGCUCCCGGUGAUCCACACCCAGGAAUGGCGACCAUGCUGCACAACCGAGUGUUUGAGGUUUUCAUAAUUUUCAAUGCAUUGGCCACAUACAGCUCCAUCCUUUCGGUCGUAAUCCUUCUCUGGGCUCACAAUGCCAAUCUCCGCAAAGCAGAAGAACAUAAUGGCUUAGCAGGGCCACUAUUGUCGGGGGCUGUCAACCACAUGACAGUGGCAUUUUCGGCAGCCUUAAUUCUAGCAGUAUUACUUCCAAAGUCGAGCAAGAGGUCCGCGUUUGAUCUGGAUUUCUAUUAA